AUGGGUUCUAAGUCGGAUGUCGAGGGACUUUCCAAAAGCAAUUUGGAAUUAUGGAAAGUGAAGAUGGAAGCAACUUUAAUGUUUGGGAUGAUGGAUAAAACAUGGAGUGUUGUUAUCUGGUGCCUUGAAGAUAGAGAAGAAGAUUCAUCAGAGAAUAUGGAAGAAGUUAUGAUGGAUAUCGAUGAACAACAGAUUAUACCUGAUCCUCUUCCAUUUGCUAGAAGCUAUCAGCUUGAAGCACUGGAGCAAGCAGUUCGGGAAAAUACGAUAGUGUACCUGGAAACAGGGUCCGGGAAGACAUUGAUAGCUACCAUGCUUCUCCGAAGCUAUACUUGUCACCUUCGGAAACCUUCUCCAUACAUUGCUGUCUUUUUAGUUCCGAAAAUUGUAUUGAUUACACAGCAAGCUGAAGUCUUGAGAAACCAUACUGAUUUAAACAUCGGAAUGUAUUGGGGAAACAUGGGUCGUGACUGUUGGGACGAAAAUAUGUGGAAAGAAGAGAUGCAGAAACACGAGGUGCUUGUCAUGACUCCUGCAAUAUUGCUUUCUUGCCUGAGGCAUAGCUUUAUCAAACUGAAUAUGAUAAAGGUUUUAAUAAUGGAUGAAUGCCAUCAUGUUUCGGGUGAUCAUCCAUAUGCUUGUAUCAUGAAUGAAUUUUAUCAUCAUGAAUUAAGAUCAGGUACCACUGAGCUUCCUCGAAUUUUUGGGAUGACCGCAUCCCCAGUUAAGUCGAAAGCUGCGAAUUCUGAGUCGACCUUAUCAGAAAAAGUUUGGGAACUAAUGACUCUAAUGAAUUCAAAGGUUUAUACACGUCUAAGUGAUGUUGUCAUCUCAGAGUCUACCUUAAAAUUCCGGUAUUAUCAUAAGAAAAAUGUGAUUUUCGAUUCGCUGUGCAAAGAAGUAUCCAAAAAACUCAACGAAUUAAAACAACAGCACGAGCUUUCUGUGACAAGUUUGGAUUUUACCGCGGAUUCUGUCAAAUCUGUAAACAAAAAAAUUUCAAAGAUUUUGAAAUCCUCAAUAUCUUGCUUAGGACUACUUGGUGUUUGGUUCGCUUUGAAGGCUAUGGAGACGUCGUUAUUUUCCAUUGAACCUUUCUCAGCAGGGUAUCCCAUUGUGAAAAAAUUUAUUUCGGCUAGUACCUUGACACUGCAAAGUUACAUACCAUCUGAUCCUCAAUGGACUAUUGGCGAAAAUAUGAAUUCCGACAUGGAAAUGGGGCUAAUGACUUCGAAAGUGUCCUGUCUUAUUGACUGUCUACUUGAGUACAGGGGUGUUACUGAAAUGCGAUGCAUAGUUUUUGUCGAAAGGGUUAUUGCAGCUAGGGUUCUUGAGAUUCUAUUGAACAUUUUGCUUCCGAAAUACAAUAGCUGGAAGGUUAGACAUAUUGCUGGAAACCGUAGUGUAUCGAAAACCCAUACUAGGAAAGUUCAAGAUGAAAUUGUGGAAGAAUUUCGCAAGGGAUUGGUGAACAUCAUUGUUGCGACAUCAGUUCUCGAGGAGGGUUUAGAUAUUCAAAGUUGCAAUUUGGUUAUUAGAUUUGACCUACCUAAAACCGUGUGCAGUUUUGUACAGUCCCGAGGCCGUGCUAGAAUGCAAAAUUCAGAUUACAUAUUGAUGUUAGAGAGCGGCGAUUUAGCUUCACAUGCUCGAAUAGAAAAAUACAUUGCUAGUGAGGAAAUGAUGAGGAAAGAGUCUUUGCAUUAUUCUUCCCUUCCAUUUGAGAGUGUUGAAAAUGAUCGACUUGGUGAGCAUGCUUAUCGUGUUGCUAGCACUGGAGCUGUUGUUAAUCUUAGUUCGAGCAUUAGUUUGAUACACUUAUAUUGUGCACGGCUCCCUUCAGAUGGGUACUUUAAACCAAAUCCGAGGUGGGAUAAACAAGAAGGAAUAUUGUAUCUUCCUAAGAGUUGUCCUCUAGAGGCUAUUCAUGUACAAGGUGACCCAAAGUUCUUAAAGAAUAUUGCAUGCCUUGAAGCAUGCAAACAACUUCAUAAGAUUGGAGCUUUGACGGAUAAUCUCGUUCCUUCUAUUCUCGUUGAAGAAGCAGAGGCGGAGGAAUUUGUGAAUGAACCGUACGAUGAGGAACAGCCGAGUUAUGUACCAUCUGAAUUGGUCAAUCGUGUGUCGAACAAUAGUAACACAAAGUACUAUUGUUAUUUGAUGGAGCUAAAACAAGAUUUUAGCUAUGGUAUCACUGUGCAAGACGUCUUUCUUGCAACUAGAGUCAAGCUUGACCCUGAAAUCGGAUGCAUGCAAUUCAAUAUGUGUUUCGAUAGAGGUAACUUGCAUGUAAACUUCAAAUACAACGGAAGCAUUAACCUCUCACAAAAUCAGGUUCUUUUUUGUAAAACAUUUCAAGUUAAUAUCCUCGGAAUUCUUAUGAAUUCUAAAAUCGAUAAGGAAUCAAAUCUAGGAAAAUCUUGUUUGGAAGAUGAUCUUCAAAUGGAUUAUCUUCUACUCCCAUCUACUGUAAUAGAUGAUAAAUUAGUUGUUGAUUGGUCAACAAUUUGUUCGAUAGAUCCAUAUAACCUCCGGUGUCUGCAAAACGAAGCCCAUAUAUGGACUACAGAGAGUUCAGUUUGCCGUUGCAAAUUGCAGAAUGCUUUGAUUUGUACGCCACAUAAUGGCCGUACGUACAUCACCACUGAUAUAUUGGAUUUGGAUGGAAACUCAACUCUAGAAGUAGGGAAUGGUCAACGUACUACGUACAAGAAGUACUAUGGACAGAAGUAUGGCAUUCAAUUACAUUUUGAACAUCAACGCCUACUUAAAGCAAGACAAGUUUUUGCUGUAAAAAAUUAUUCUCAUGGCCGCAGAGAAGCGAAAGACAGAGGUUUAAAUAUGAGCAAGAAGGCCUUUGUGGAAUUACCUCCUGAACUAUGCUCUAUAAUCAUGUCUCCGAUUUCUGUUAGCACAGUUUAUUUGUUUUCAUUUAUUCCAUCUAUCAUGCAUCGAGUUGAGUCAUUGCUUGGAGCUUUCAACUUCAUGAAGAUGUAUUUGGUUCAUUGUACCCACAACAGGAUUCCAAUAUUCAAGGUCUUGGAAGCAAUGACUGCAAAGUCAUGCAAUGAGACCUUCCACUACGAAUCGCUAGAAACACUUGGCGAUUCUUUUUUGAAAUAUGCUGUUAGUCAACAGCUUUUUCAUAUGUAUGAAAAUCUGCAUGAGGGUCUUCUUAGUGUGAAGAGGGAGAAGAUCAUUUCUAAUGCUUCCCUUUGUAAGUUAGGUUGCGGUUCUGGACUUGCGGGCUUCAUACGGACUGAAUCGUUUGAUCAUAAGAACUGGAUCAUUCCUGGAGCUAAACCAAGGGGUUUUAAAUUAGAAGUGAUUUCUAACAAGGGAGCACAAGUUUAUACCCGAGAAACUCGAAAACUGAAAAGAAAAGUUGUUGCUGAUGUGGUUGAAGCACUGAUCGGUGCCUUCCUCAGCGCUGGUGGUGAGAUGUCUGCCUUGAUGUUUAUGGAUUGGGUGGGAAUCAAAGUUAAUUUUAAAUUUUCACCGUAUGAGAGGCAAUGGAAUGCUAUUCCCGAGAAUGUUCUUAAUGUCGCUUUCUUACAAUCCAUAUUGAACUACUCCUUUAAGGACCGUUCUCUGUUAGUAGAAGCUAUGACUCAUGCUUCAUACAUGCUGCCCGAGGUUCCCAGAUGCUAUCAGCGUUUGGAAUAUUUAGGGGACGCAGUGUUGGAUUAUCUUAUCACAGUGCAUCUGUACAAAGAAUACCCCGGCAUGUCACCCGGGAUGUUAACAGACAUGAGGGCGGCCUCUGUCAACAAUGACUGUUACGCGAGGUCUGCCAUAAGGGUUCAAUUGCAUAAACAUGUACUCCAUACCUCGCAGGAGUUACAUAAACAUAUUGCAGAGACACUUAGUAAAUACAACGAACUAUCUUCAUCGUCAACUUUUGGAUGGGAGUCCGAGGCUUCAUUCCCCAAGGUACUUGGCGACAUCAUAGAGUCUCUAGCUGGUGCUAUACUUGUGGAUUCAGGAUACAAGAAAGAGGUUGUGUGGCAAUGCAUAAGGCCACUUUUGGAACCACUUGUGACACCUGAAACAUUAACGAUCCAUCCCGUUCGAGAAUUAGUCGAACUGUGCCAAACAAUGAAUUAUAGCAUGGAGAAGAGAUUGUCCUGUAAAGAUGGCGUUACUACUUGUGGAAUCAAUAUAACUGUGGAUGGAGUAAUUCAUCAAUAUGAGUACAUAGGUUCUACUGAUAAAAAAACAGCCACAAGAAUAGCAUGCAAGAGAGCUUUGAAUUCCUUGAAGUUGAAGGAAACACAAGACAAGUGA